AUUUAUCAGAUUAGUUUUUAUAUUUUAUUUUUCUAUAACUUGCCAAGUUUAUGAGCUUAAUUGUUUGUAAAAAAAUUUACAAUUAUUAUUAUGUUUUCAAGUUAUCCAAAAUGUAGUGGAGCAAGAGCACCUGGUCUUGCUGCUGAUAUGCAUUUUCGUGAUAAUGUAAUAGCAUAUAUUGGACCAGCAUGUGCAUUUGCCCUUGAACCAGUUGCUCGACUUGCUGCUUACUGGAAUACACCAAUAAUCACUGGAAUGGGUGAUCAGCCUCCAUCUGAGGGUGAACUAUCAGUUACAUCUGGUAUUCUAGGAAGACUCCACAAGUGGAAAAAUGAAAGCUCGGGUAUUUUUAAAGAUAAAAGUAAAUAUCCAACGUUAACGAGAAUGUCAUAUUGUCAGUGUCGUUUGCGAUUAGUAUUUGCAAGUAUAUUUAAAGAAUUUGGCUGGUCACAUGUUGCAUUGAUACUUGAUAAAUCAGAUUUAUUUUCAUUAACGGUUGGGAAAAAUCUUGAAUACGGAUUGAGAAAAGAUGGGUUACUCAAAUUUGUACGUGAACUUGAUGGUAAUUCUGAGGAUGAUUCUUAUCAUUUAUAUUUACGAGAUGCAAGCAUGUAUGCUAGAGUUGUUAUUUUGAGUGUUCGAGGUACACUUGUUAGAAAAUUUAUGCUUGCUGCUCACAGUCUAGGAAUGACUCGAGGAGAUUGGACAUUUCUUGAUGUUGAAAUAAUUCAAGGAUCGUAUUGGGGUGAUCACGACUGGGAAAUGAAUGAUCAUGAUGAUUCAGCAGCAAGAAAAGCAUAUGAAGCUUUGUUACGUGUAUCAUUAUUACAACCAACAAGUCCACGUUUCCAAGGCUUUGCUGAUAAUGUUAGGAUUCGUGCACAAACUGAUUAUAAUUACUCAUUUUCAGAAGGUGAAGAGGUAAAUUUUUUUAUUGGUGCAUUUUAUGAUGGUGUUUAUUUAUUGGGAAUAGCAUUGAAUGAAACAAUAUCAGAGGGUGGUGACAUAUGGGAUGGUUUAUCAAUGACAAGAAAAAUGUGGAAUCGUGAUUUUAUGGGAAUAACUGGACAUGUUAGAAUUGAUGUUGAUGGUGAUCGUGAUGCUGAUUAUAGUAUUCUUGAUUUAGAUCCAAUAACUGGUAAUUUUGAAGUUGUUGCACAUUAUCUAGGUGCUAAUCGUGAAUACAAUCAAAUGAUUGGUAAAAAAAUACAUUGGCCAGGUGGUAGAGAUUCACCACCACGUGAUAUACCAGAAUGUGGUUUUCUUGGUGAUGAUCCAUCAUGUUUAUUAAAAACUGAUGCAUAUACAUUUAUACAUAUUGUUUGUGCUAGUUUAAUAUUAUUAAUUAUUUUAAUAAUUGCAAUAACUUCUGCAUUUUUAUUUUAUCGUCAUUUACGUUUAUCAGCUGAUCUUAAUAAUAUGUCAUGGAGAAUAAGACCAGAGGAUUUAUUACUUGAAGUUAGCAAAGUAUUUUCAUCUAAAAUUAAUUUACAUCAAGUUAUGUCUGAGCCAAAUAAUUAUGGACUUGAACAACGUAGACGUGGUUCACAAGUCAGCGGUGAUUCAUUUGGACCAACAACUGUAUUUACAACUGUUGGAAUUUACAAAGGUGAACGUGUUGCUAUUAAAAAAAUUACUAAAAAAAAAGUUGUUGAUGUUACUAAAAAGCUAUUGUGGGAAAUUAAACAAGUACGUGAUGUUACAUCAGAAAAUACAGUGAGAUUUAUUGGAGCAUGUUUAUGUUCACCAUCACCAACAGUAUUGAUAUUAACUGAAUAUUGUCCAAAGGGAUCGUUGAAAGAUGUACUUGGUAAUGAGGCAAUAAAACUCGAUUGGAAUUUUCGUAUGUCACUUAUUCAUGACAUUGUUAAGGGAAUGGAUUAUUUACAUGCUAGUGAAGUUGGAUCACACGGUAAAUUAAGAUCAUGUAAUUGUCUAAUUGAUGGACGUUUUGUUCUAAAAAUAUCGGAUUUUGGACUUAAAACAUUAACAACACCUGCUGAUUUAAUUAUGGAUGAAAAUCAUUAUACAAAAUUACUUUGGAUUGCACCGGAAUUAUUACCAGGUACUGUUUUACCUGGAUGUGCUGCAACUCAAAAAGGUGAUGUCUAUAGUUUUGCAAUAAUUUUAGAAGAAAUUGUACUACGUGGUGGACCAUAUGAAGUUGCAAAAUCCUACAUGUCAUCACAAGAAAUAAUUGAACGUGUAUCAGCUGGUGAAAAUCCAAGUUUUCGUCCAGAAGUUGCACUGAGAGAUUGUCCACCUGAUAUACUUUCUCUUAUGGAAAAAUGCUGGAAUGAAAUUGCCGAGGAACGACCAAGUUUUCAUACAAUACGUGCGACAAUUAGAGGAAUAAUGAAAGGAUAUUGUGAAAAUCUUAUGGAUGAUCUUUUGCGACGUAUGGAACAAUAUGCCAACAACCUGGAAGUAUUAGUUAGUGAAAAAACAGAACAAUUGAGUUUAGAAAAAAGAAGAAGUGAAGAAUUAUUAUAUCAAGUUCUUCCAAGACAAGUUGCAUGUCAAUUGAUGGCAGGUGAAGUUGUACAACCAGAACAAUUUGAAUCAGUUACAAUUUAUUUUAGUGACAUUGUUGGUUUUACUGGACUAUGUGCAGCAAGUACACCAAUGCAAGUUGUUGAUUUUUUAAAUGAUCUUUAUUCAACAUUUGAUAGAAUCAUUGGAUUUUAUGAUGUAUAUAAAGUUGAAACAAUUGGUGAUGCAUACAUGGUUGUUUCUGGUUUACCACAAAGAAAUGGUGAUGAACAUGCUAAAGAAAUAUGUCUAAUGGCAUUAGCAAUACUUGAUGCUGUUACAACAUUUAAAAUAUUACACAAACAAGAUAUACAAUUAAGUGUGAGAAUUGGCAUUCACAGUGGUCCAGUUUGUGCUGGUGUUGUUGGACAAAAAAUGCCACAUUAUUGUUUAUUUGGUGAUACUGUUAAUACAGCAUCAAGAAUGGAAUCUUCUGGUCUACCACUUCGUAUUCAUGUGUCUGAUGCAACUAAAGAAAUUUUAGAUAAAUUUGGUAUAUUUGAACUUGAAUUAAGAGGUGAAGUUGAGCUUCGUGGUAAAGGUAAUGUAACGUCAUACUGGCUCAACUGUUGUACAUCACCAGAUCCAAGAUUAUCAACACCAAAAAAUCGUAAAUACAGCACAAGUCCACCAGACAAUAAUACAACAACAGCAACAACAACAUUUAAUCCACUUAUUUUUCCUCAAAGCUUAACAAGUUGUUCAAAAAUAGCUAACAAUACAUUUAUUAAUUUAUCAGAAUUAUAA